AUGGCAGAGGCAGAACCAUUUUUAGCUGAUGGCAAUCAGGAGUUACUUCCCUGUGAAGUCUGUGGAAGACGCUUUGCAGCAGAUGUUCUGGAAAGGCAUGGACCAAUAUGUAGAAAACUCUUCAACAAAAAACGUAAACCUUUCAAUUCCUUGAAACAAAGAUUACAGGGCACUGACAUUCCCAUUGUGAGAAAGGCUCCUCAAUCCAAGCCUCAACCUGUGAGGAGAUCUAACUGGAGACAACAACAUGAAGACCUCAUUAAUGCCAUCCUAUCGGCAAAGCAGUGUACGCUAGCCAUUAAAGAAGGCCGACCUCUCCCACCUCCACCUCCUCCAUCCAUCAAUCCAGAUUAUAUUCAAUGCCCAUAUUGUAUGAGGAGGUUUAAUGAAGCUGCAGCCAACCGACAUAUUAAUUUCUGCAAGGAUCAGUCUUCUCGCCGAGUCUUUGAUCCAGCCCAAACAGCAGCCAGGUUGGCAUCGAGAGUACAGGCUAGGGCUCAGAUGAGUCCAAAAAAAGAGCCAACUGUAACCAGUGCCGUGGGAGCCCUGCUGCAGAACAGGGCCCUGGCAGUGCCAAAUGUGGCCCCAACGAGGCCAGGAUUAGCUGUGGACCCUACUUCUGGAGCAAAACUCAGACAAGGAUUUGCUAAAUCUUCUAAAAAAGAUUAA